GGUGAUGAGUUGAACAAAGUUAUUUUGUAUUGCUCCAGUGAAUUGAUGUACGUAUACGUGGGAUAAAAGUCAUAUAUUUUCUUUAAUUUGAUUAAUUUUUAUAGAUUUAAAUAAUAGCAUAUUGCAGCAAAACGAACAACCUAAGAAGAAUUUUGUUUGCAUGUAUCACCACUGAUAAAAGAAGUGUUUUGUCUGUAGUUGCAAAGUGGCAUUAGUUGAGGUUAGAUUAGUAUACGGUGGAAAUACAAAUUUUAUUUCUAUUUUGUGAAUCAACAGUUUGUGAUUAAAAUGGUGUAGAUUUAAAUUUAUAAAAAGUGAAUAUGUUUUUAAAAUGUACGAGUAAAACAAUUUAAACAAAGGAUUUUAACUAGAAAGGUUGCUUUGAUUGAUUCAGUUUACCGAAACUUAUUUGUAAAACAUGCAAUUCAAUGUGGAUUAAAUUAAUUUUUAAGACAUUGGUUUUCAAUUUUCUGCCAAUUUAAAGCUCAAUUUUGAAAAACUUGUUAGAGUUAUGGGUAACGAGACCAGCCAACCACCAGCCGGGUUAAUAAUUGAAGAGAAUGCAAUUGAAGUAACUGACAGAUGGGCCCUUCAUUCAGCUUCGUAUUCAACUGGUACGCCCGAUCCUACAAAUAUUUCAGUCUUUGUAGGAGUGCCACCAGUCAAGAAUAAUUCCUACGUAUAUCAUUCGUUAUUGGAAAAGUUUGCAAAGAAUUUGAAGGUUCAUAGACAUCCAUGCAUUUUGAAGUAUGUAGCAACCUGGGAAAAGAACGGAAAGGGUUUCCAUUUGGCUACAGAAGAUGUGAAGCCUUUAGUUCAAGUGCUACCUAAUCAAACUGCCCUACAAGUAUGCAUAGGACUUCAGAACAUUCUAAAAGCAUUGAACUUUCUACAUGAAAUGGCUCAGUCAUCACACAAUAACGUGUGCCGUGCGGCCGUGUAUGUAACCCCCGACGGUGUGUGGAAACUUGGCGGUCUCGAGUAUCUUUGUAGGUUUAGUGAAUUGAGCAGUGGCUACUUGUGUGGGAAUAGAGUGGGGAGAUACGAAGCGGCACUGUCGCCAGGGGAGGAGGAGAGGGUACCGCAGCCCCCUUCAGCCGUCGACCGUUUUGCGUUCGGAGUUCUCGCCGAAGAGGUCCUGUCAACCUACAGCUCUGAUGAUGUACCUGGAAUGGCAGAGUUCAGAGAAUUGUGCAAGACGCAAUUGCAGAAUGUUUCUCCAGCCGUGCGUCCAUCUUUGGAACAAGUUCUUAGACUGCCUUUUUUCACUCACGAGUUCAUAUACAUCCCCGGCGCCUUUACCAUUUGUGACGUAUCUGGAAAACUAAAAAUUCAGCUCUUUAAUGUGUUUUUUUUCAGAGAUUUAUCUGGUAAAUUGAGUUUAUUUCCUGAAGACGUGGUUGCUAGUCAACUCGGCUCACUGUUGCUUUCGAGGAUAGUUCUACUGGACACAACGGCCCAGCAACACUUGCUUCCCUUGUUGUUUUCUCCACGAUCAGAUGAAGAUACCUGCAAAGAAAGGAUAUUCUCUGAGAGUACGUUCAAAGCAUUCCUUGUUCCGAAACUGCUGCCUAUGUUCUGUGUUCGAGACGCACAUGUUCGCAUCAUAUUGCUCUCUCACUUCUCCACGUUCUGCGCUAUGUUCUCUCCGUCUCAGUUGCAGUCGCACAUCCUUCCAGAGCUGCUUGUUGGCAUAAAAGACACCAAUGAUGUUCUGGUCAGCCACACGCUGAGGGCGUUAGCAGACAUGGUACCGAUUCUUGGAUCAACGGUUGUCAUUGGCCGAAAGUCUAGGAAAAAAAUAUUCUCGGAUGGAAGACCAAAUGCUGCACGCACAGCAAAAACUCCGAGUCGACGGAGUCAAAAGUCGAUCAAGAGUGUUGAGCCUGAAUGUGACAAACUGUCGAUCCCAACUGAGACUGUUCUGCCGGAAAGACUUUCGCCCGAUGGAGGGGAGGAGGAACCCUCCUCUCUAACGGUGAGUGAGGAGGAGACUGAAAACUGGGUCGAAUGGGAAGAAAAUACUGCUCCUGAAAGGAUAAUGGACGAUCUCCUAGAAACGGAUAAGGUUAUCAGUCAUGUGAAAGCGCAGGACACAUCACAUUCCACGAAUCUGCCCGACAUCACAUCGCUUGACAUAAAAUCGAGCAGCGCGCCGCCCAAAAGCCAAGAAGUGGACUACUUUCAAGACAUGGAGCCAGUCAUCUCGACCAAUCACAUUGUUGAAAUAAUAGCUGACACCAAAAAGAGUCAGCCUGCUAGUAAGUUUGAAGUGGAACUGACUGAAACCGAUGAUGUCAAGGGUUGGGGAGAUGAUGAGAAUUGGGACGAUUUGUAAAACAAAUAAUUGAACAAGUAUAUCUAUAAUUUCAGUAAGUUAUCAAAAAUGCUUAUUGAAUAAGUGAUUUUAUAAUAUUUGUAAUCGUGGUUCUUCCUAUAUGUAUAUCGUAUGAAACGUUUUUUACAUAAAAAUAAACUUUGUGAUUCUAGUGUUAAGUAAAGAAUGUUAUUGCAUAGAACGUAUCAUGUAUAGUAUUCAAUAUUGAUUAUAAGAAAAUAUAAAUAAAUUCGUGUAUA